CAUCUGUCAAACAUAGUCUGACUUAAUAGAAUGGAAAUAAAUGGAACCUGUUGUCUUGGAAAUUUCGUUUAUUAGGUGUGUAUUGAAUAGCAAUUGCACUAAAUAACAUAUCAUAGUCAAAAUGGGAACUUACUUAAAUCAAUUCUAUAAUUUGGGGGGAACGACGAUUGGAGAGCAUCAGCGCAAUUUUCGCGGCUACAAAACUGUUCUUAACGGUUUACAGAAAGCAGAAGUUUCUGUUUUAUUAAAUGCCAUUAAUCCGAGAAAUCACCAAGAGGAAAUAUUCCAUACGAAACUGUUACUUUUCUUCGAUCAGCACGAGAAAUUGCUGCAGAUUUUCAUGUGUUGCAACAAAGUAUUGAAUCGGAUCAUCGUCAAGGAUAGGAAAUUUAUAGGGUUUGUGGUUUCUAGUUUUGAUGCGUCUGGUUUCGUGGAAGAACUGUGUCCGAAACUCUCUUACGUGGUCAGAUGUGUGCUCGUUAAUAAGUUGGGUCUGUUUUUGGAGCGUGGCGAUGAUUUCUUUAAAGCAGUUGAAGAAAAGUACGGUUUGGGAGCUGCGGUGAGGCUCCUUCCGUCCUGCAGCGAAACGCUUAUUAAAAAGAUGAUAUCGUUUUAUCAUGUUGAUUUUAACGAUCGUGAGUUGAUUAGAAUUUACAAGAAGUAUCCGAGCUUGGUGAAAUUUUACUUUGAGAGUACAAAAAAUAGAUACGAGUCCAAGUUAAUGCUUCAGAGGUAUUUGAUAAAGAACGACAUGCCGGGUUUCAUCACACUUUGCACGAAAUAUUUGCAGUGCAAGUUCGGCAGGAAGGGAUUCCUCAAGUUCCUACGAAUCAACAAGGAAUAUAUCAUCGAAAAUCCUACCGACUUUAAAAAAUACGUCAAAAGCAUUUAUCGGCAUUUAACUGACGCCGAGUUUAAGAGAUACUUUACAAAUAUGUUUCCUAAGAACUAUGAGCUUUUCAGGAUGGAAACGAUUCUUGACAAUUUGAAGCUGUUGCAUAUUGACCAAUGGAGCUCAUUAUUUUGCGAAAUUUACAAGAGUUUGUACAGCAUCGAAUACGUAGAUGAAAAGUGUUUGGCAAUGAUGUCUGCAGAGGCUCCACUGAGAUUCAAUAUGAAUUCUUUUUGGCACUUUUAUCAUUUGGAAGAAUUCAGGAAGAUGAGAAUCCAAAUUAGUUUGGCAAAAGAAGCUAACUCCAGGGUAAAAAUGCUAAAUAAGUGUAUAGAAACGUGUAAAAAUGAUAAUAAUACGACCGCACUUCUAGGAUUGCUGCAAUUCUUUUGGUCAAGACACAAGAAUGAUACGUUCAGUGUUAGGGCACAAUUUUUGUUCUGUUUAAUCAACAACUUCGAUUUGAUAGAAUUGAGUGAUGAACAUUGGAAGUAUAUUAAUAAUAUAGUGUUCGAAGUGAAUGGAGAUCCGUUUUACUAUAAAUCGGACAUAUUGAAGAGGAUCAUUUACAAGAAGAUGAAAAAUGGAGAAAACUGCGACGAGGAAUUGGUUACACUUCUAGAUGAGCUCGGUGUGUUCGGCAGCUGGAGGUUACCGACGAACCAUCCGGUGCAAGAACGCGAAUGUCUUUUAAAAAUUCCUCAUCUGUGGCGCAGAACCAAACACCUCAAUGAGUUUGUAGCAGAACCUUGUUUCAAGUUUUUGAAGACAAUCUGCGAAUUCAAUAAAAACCAUCCAAAUUAUCGCAUCUCCUACUACAAAUUCCCAGAAAUGCUUAAAUGCUUAGUGGAUAAAUUUGCGGAAUCCGAAAAAACUUCUAAAAUUUACACCGAUUUGAUGAAUAACAUUUUGCGUUUUAUUCCCGACGAAGAAGAAGAGAAAGAAUUGCGUUUACAAAUUUUGGAAGUAAUCUUCCGUGAUGAUAGGUAUUAUUUUCCGGAAGUGUUAUACCUGUGGAUACUGAAAUACCAUCCGGAUAAGAUGUUAGAUAAAGUCGAGCGCGUUUUAAUUAGAUUAUGGAAAUUUCGCAUAUUGAAUUAUGAAAUUUCCAAAAUGCAUUACAACGGAAUUUCCGAUGCUUUCAACGGUGUCGCUACUGAAAUUCUCGACGAUAACAAAAAGAUUGAUUUAUUUCCAAAAAUUCUUUGGUGUCUUUCUUACAAUACCAAAUACUUGCAUAUGAUUGAACCUUUCAUCCCAUCCGCAGCAAGCGAGAUUGAUUUAUGUUUUGAAAAGAGCGGCGUACAAAGAAUCAUAUUAAAAACUCUGAGAAACACGUUCAAACAAUCUGAUAACAUUUCAAUCAUAUUGCAUUACUCAAACGAAGAUAACGUGCAGUACUGUUUAGAACCGAUGUACAGAACUUUUUAUCACACGCCGCAGAAUCUUAUAGAAGCACCUUUGACUGUAUUAGCAUCCCGGUCGUUUUCAGUAAGGAAACAUUCAAUUUUCUUAAGCACAGCUCUUCUUCCAAUUAAGAGAAUAGUUGAGAUCCUGCAGGGACUCCAGGAAAAUGACGCUUCAGCUAGAAAAAGGAUUUUCAAAUGUAACUAUUCCUGUUUGAUUAGAAAUCCCACAUUGGAGAUAUUACAAUUGUUCAUCAAUAAUUUACAGUUGCUCCAUGGAAAAGAUAUUGAUAAUCUGGACAUGAUUUUGCGAAUCGAUAAAAUUCCUAAGAAAAUUUUCGUGGCUUACUUUUCGGUGAUAUGCAACUUUGGAGAUAGCAUUAUGGAAUAUAAGAAGUACAAGAUUAUUGGUUACCUGGAUAAGUAUAUUAACAAAGUUCCGGAUAUAGUUUGCUACAAAAUCAUCAAGGACUAUUUAUUCAACCCUGAUAACAUAUACAUCUCAGACACAAACAGAUUCGUUUACAAUUACAUCACUUCAUCUAAAUCUACUGCGGUGACAUUUUUCAUUGACAAAAUCGUAAACACGCAUUCUAAGUCGUUAAAAUUCGGGAGAGUUAUUUUCACCUGUUUCAAGGAAAUUUGCAACAUGUUACUGAAGGACAAUGAUAAACCAAAAGCGUUAGACGUAUCGCAGCAACUUUUAAAUACAAUUGAAGCGUUUGCUUUUGAUAACUUCAAGAUUAAAGUUUUACUUAAAUUUGUUAUUGAAUAUCUCGGAAAGGGGUACAAUUCGCUGCCAGUCUUUAUCGUGGAGCAACAGAAUGCACUAAUCGAAGCUUAUGGAGUGGAAAUAUUCGUUCCAUAUUCGAAAAUCGUCGGCAUAUCUCUGAACAUCAUUUUAACAUCGAUAGACCUUAAUUUUAAUGAUAUGACUUACUUACUUAUAUUUCGUUUACUGAAACUUUCAUCAUCGAUACACAACAAGCUGUUGGCUGUUCAACUUUUACCUUCGGUCGGGUCGAGGAAUGCGAAUCACGAGGAAUACCAUGCAACUAUUAGAGAGGAAUUGAAGAAAGAUCCUAAUCCUCUCAUCGAUACGUUCCUCGACAUCGAUUCUGAAUAAUCAACGUUUAAAAAAAAAAGUUAAUUUAAAA